UCGAAACCCUAACCCUCGAUUUCUUCUUGUCAAGAUCCUCGACCUCUUCUUGUUGAGAAGUCGAGCUCUCGAAACCCUAACUGUAAUGGCGAUGGAGGCUGCUACCGAGUUCCCGGCGGUCGAUCCCCAGGUCUGGCACGCCUGCGCCGGCCCCGCAGCCAAGCUCCCCGCCGUGAGAUCCGCUGUCUGGUACUUCCCCCAGGGACACGCCGAGCAGGCUUCCUCCCUGCCCGACUUCCCCGCCGGGAGCGGCUGGCGCCCCCCGUUCUUCCUCUGCCGCGCGGCUGCCAUCGGCUUCCACGCCGACCCCGAAACCGACGAGGUCUUCGCUCGCAUCCUCCUCGACCCCCGCCCCACUCCGCCGCUGUCUCUCUCGCCGGAGCCGCCGUUGUCCUCGGUGGAGGGGCCGGACGACGGCGGGGCGAUGGCCUUCGCGAAGGUUCUGACGCCGAGCGACGCGAACAAUGGCGGGGGUUUCUCGGUGCCGAGGUUCUGCGCGGACUCUAUAUUUCCGCCGCUGGACAUGACGGCGGAUCCGCCUGUCCAGAACGUGACGAUCCGCGAUGUCCAUGGGAAGGUGUGGACGUUCCGGCAUAUCUACCGGGGGACACCUCGCCGACACCUGCUGACCACCGGGUGGAGCAAGUUCGUGAACGCCAAGAAGCUCAUUGCAGGCGACUCGGUGGUCUUCAUCAAGAACCGGCAUGGCCUUCUCUACGCGGGAAUCCGGCGAGCUUCGCGGCCCUGUGCCGGUGGACCCCAGGACUACUUCCGCCACGCCCCCCAGGCUGCUCCUUCUCCUCCUCCUGCGGCGGCGGGGGCGGCGGCGCCGGAUGACAGGUCUAAGAUGAAUAUGGGCAUCGGAAAGGGAUUUUCGACGGAUGUCCGGGGGACGAUUCCGGCGGAGGCGGUGGUGGAGGCGGUGCGGUUGGCGGAGAUGGGCCACCAAUUUGCGGUGGUGCAUUACCCGAGGGCCUCGGCGGCGGACUUUGUGGUAGGCGUGGAGAAGGUGAAUGCGGCUUUGAGGGUCCCUUGGGCUGCCGGGAUGAGAGUCAGAAUGUCAGUACAGACAGAGGGAUUCUCCAGGACAACGGUGUUCCGUGGAACAGUGUCCGGCACCACUGUCCAGGAUCAAGCCCGGUGGCCCCUUUCUCCAUGGCGGAUGCUUCAGGUCACCUGGGAUGAGUCAGAGGUUUCACAAUACCUUCAAAGUGUCAAUCCUUGGCAAGUGGAGCUAGAUUCUGCCACUUCUCAGAUGCAAACCCCAAACUCUGACACAAAGAAACCAAGGCUGUUACAGUUUCCCAGUUUAUUCAUGGAUGCAGAGGAGAGAAUGUUCUUUCCGAUGAGAGGGAUGACUAAUACAAUGAUGGCGAAUAUAGAACCAACACAAUUCAGUUACAAUAUGUUUCCUGCUGGCAUGCAGGGAGCCAGGCAUAAUUCGGUCGGUGUAACCAAAUUGCCCAGUUUUGCACCCUGUAUUACUGAUAACUUGUACUUUGAUAAUCAGUGUGGCAAUGACAUGCAACAGAAAACAGCUGAGGUCUCUAAAGAAUUGAAUGCUGCGAGUACGCCACAAUCGGAGAGCUCAUCGCCUCUCAGCCAAGGUAGCAUCCAUUUCCAGGGCAUGGAGCUUCCUGCUACUGCAGUUUGCAACCCAAACAAGGAAAAUAUUAGGCCUCCUUUUCAAUUGUUUGGUCAGAUCAUCCACGUAGACCAGUCCCCUGAUGCUGAUGAUGAUAAAGGACAACAAUGUAUCAAAGAGUUUCAGCUAUAGAAGGAUUUUUUCCAUAAAAUAGAAGAUGUCUGCAUUUGCAACAUGAUAAUGUACAGAUGUAUUUGAUGACGGAAGCUUGAAGAUUAAUUUCAGCAUCUGACUCUUGCAGCAGUACUAUUUUGACUCAAGUUGCAGGACUGAUGAGUGACAUUUUCUCUUACAUUGUCUCCCUUAUGUAGUAAUAUUGAAAACUGACAACUCUUGUGACAUUUGAACCAUCCAUUCCCGCUAGCAACCACAAUUUAGUAUAUUUUUUGUUGUUUC